ACAGUUCAGGCUAAUCCUUCAAUCAAUUAUGAUGAUACUGAUGAAUCUGACGACUCAGACAAAGACAAUUCUUCGAAAACUUGUGAUAUUCCUACGAAGGACUCUGAAGCCGAGGAGUUAGAUUGCUGUGACAUAGAAGUCGAAGUAUCACAAGAGCAGGAGUCGACACCCUCACAUAUCUCUGGAAGGCGUAUUUUUGAUAUUCAACAUUUAUUUGCACAAUUGUUGAAUGGCAAAAAACAUGAGUUAUGUGGCUGUGAUUUUACAGAUUGUGUUUUAAUAAGCGAACACAAACGAGGCCUAUAUAGUGAAUUUUUGUUUAAAUGUAAAAUGUGUGGCAUAACAGAAACUAUCACAACAGAGAAGUGUCAGCAGGAGACUACAGACAUAAACAUCAAUUCCAGUGUAGCAGUGGCGGCGAUUUCAACAGGUAUUGGAUUUUCCCAAAUUGAGGAAUUAGCAGCUACUAUUGAUAUGCCAAUGAUGUCGAGCAAGACAUUCAACAAAUAUCAUGAUAAAGUGUCAGAAACCAUUUUGACAUCAGCAUGGUCAUCAAUGGUUGAGGCUGGUCAAGAGGAGGCAAAAUUAGCUAGAGACUCUGAAGAAGUCGAUAGCGAAGGAAUACCAUUUAUAACUGUUGUUACUGAUGGAGCUUGGUGUAAAAGAUCAUACAAUGUAAAUUAUGAUGCUUCAUCUGGUGUGGCUUGUAUAAUAGGCUACCGUACAGGAAAGAUUUUGUACUUGGGAGUCAGGAACAAAUAUUGUACAGUUUGUGCAAGAUCACAACAUAAAGGUGUUGAACCCCCUGAGCACAAAUGUUUCAAGAAUUGGUCAGGUACCCCCACUGCCAUGGAAACUGAUAUAAUAGUUGAAGGUUUCAAAUGUAGUUUGGAGAUGCAUGGACCGAAAUACAUGAAAAUGAUUGGCGAUGGAGAUUCAUCUGUGCAUAAUAAGUUGUUAGAGUCAAGGCCUUAUGGUCAUAUGUUGGUACAGAAAAUUGAAUGCAAAAACCAUCUCCUACGAAAUUUUUCUUCCAAUUUGAGGGAAAUAACUACUAGAAGAAGGAGUAAUUCUAAGAAUAUGCCUGUGCCCUAUUAUUUGAGAAAAGAAGUUUCAGCAAGAUCAAUGAGACUGAGAACUGCAAUUACAAAAGCAGCAUUGCACAGAAUGUCUGAAAACAUAUCUUUAGCAGAGAAAAUAAAAUUACUCGAAGUUGACAUCAGAAAUGCACCCUCUCAUGUUUUUGGGGAACAUGCAAAAUGCAAGGAACUGCAAUAUUUCAAGUGCAACCCCACAGAUGAAGAAGUUAAUUUAGUACCAUCUAUGAAACUUCAUGGAUUUUACAGUGAUGUGGAGGCAUGCUUGCAGAGGCUUGUUCAAAAUUGCAGCAGCCUCAUUCUCAAUAUGGACAACAAUAUGGCAGAACAUUUCAACAGUAUUGUUUGCAAAUUUGUAGGUGGUAAAAGAAUAAACUUCUCACUCAAAGGGUCUUACCAGGCCAGGUGUGAAGCGGCUGCAUUAUCUUUCAACUCUGGAGGGGAUUUCCAUGGAAAAUUACAUCAUGCCAUAACUGGACAGGGUCCAACCAAUUUGAUGAAAAAAUAUUCUUCAAAAAUGAAAAAGAGAAGGGUCCAAGUGAAACAAAGGAAUCAACAGAGGCGAAUGAAAAUUGCUUUACCAGAUAAAGAUUAUGGUCCAGAAUCGAAUAUUCAACCACUGGGUGUAGAUGACGUUGAAUAUAUUAAAGUGAAAGAAGAAUUCCUGAAAAUGUUGGAAAAAAAACCUUCUGAAAUAGAAGAUAUUCAGAGAGCUACACUUGGCCAGAGUGGAAAUCCAAGAUGGAUUCAAGAAAAGUGUAUGAGGCUCACCGCUUCCCAUUUCGGCAAAAUUUGUAAAAUGCGACCAACAACUUCUUCCAGAAAUACCGUCAAAAACUUAUUAUAUAGUAAAUUUACUGGAAAUCAGGCUACUCGUUAUGGUAUUGCAAAUGAGCCUCAUGCCAUACGAGCUUUCAUGGAUACUUACAAUGUAGAAGUAGAGAAUUGCGGACUUUUCAUUGAUGAUAUAGAAUUUUAUUUGGCAGCUUCCCCAGAUGGCCUUGUGGGAGAAGAUUCUAUUAUAGAAGUCAAAUGUCCUUCAGUGAUUUCAAAAAGAAAUCCCUACCAAGGAAUAAUUGAAAAAAAAAGCUGAAAUUUGCAGUAUUGGAUGAGAACAAUAGGAUGUCUUUGAAAAAAAAAUCAUGCUUAUUUUUAUCAAAUUCAGGGGCAAUUAGCAAUCACCAAGCGAGUAUUCUGUUACUUUAUUGUCUGGAGUCCUCAUGGCAUGCUCGUGGAAAAGGUAAACAAUUAUGGCGUGUAAUUAUCUCUAAAUAGGUUACAGAAUAGUAUCCAGGAAAAAUUUGGAUUUCUUUGUAUUAUUUUUACCAAUCUCAAAUUAUCUGAAUUCGCCUGGAAUCACUUUCGAAAUAUGAUCUCAAACAUAGCUGUUCAUCUAAAUUGGACUAAAUUCUUCACAUACGAAAUUAUUGCUUAUUGUUACCAAGUUUAAAAUACUUGCUUCUAUAAAUGAUCAAUCAGUUAUUUAUAUUUUUCAGAUCGAACGAGAUAUUCCAUUUUGGAACGAGGAGAUGUUGCCAAAGCUGAAACUCUUUUAUUUCAACAAACUCCUACCAGAACUCAUUGAUCCACAACAUCCAAAGGUCGCCCAAUAAGAGAAUAAUCGCCAGUACUUUAGACACUUUUCACCAUAGACAACACCUUCAUUUUAAAAUACUACUCAGUCCAAGUGCAGAUAAUACCUGGUUGUAUUAGGAUAUAACUAUAUAUUCAACAUUAACUCGCUCAAAACUUUUUUGUAGAGAUCAAUUACCCUAUCACCAAACUGAUAUUAUUUGCACUCGACGCGCGUUUCGCUAAUUUGAACAGUAUCUUCAGGAGUUUAUUGUAUUUUAUAAAAAUAAAAUAUACGUUUCAUAGAAAUGUGAUUUAUUUUACUUUUCGCUCAUUCAACGUUAUAUUUUAUUGUUUUCAAUGAAAAAGUCUCUUUGAGUAUUAGUCACAGUUCAUUUCCACUAAUCAAUUAUGUUCAUCACAUACCUUGUCGAUUUGGCGUCUUCUAUAAAUUUAUUCAACUCGUUUCGAGUGAUUUUGAAAUGUGAAAAAAGAGAAAAAAUUACUGGAUCUAGUCUUGAAUAAGAAUUUGUACUUGCGUUGAGUGAUUUCCAAGUUGAAAAGUAGGGAACAAUGAUUGAACCUUGCUUAGAAUUACCGAAUGAAAUGAAAAAUGUAUUUAUGAAAUUAACGAAAACAAAAUGCCUCACUUCUCGUAAACAAUCACGAAAUAAAUGUUU